AUGUUUGUCCUCUCUUCUUCUCUUAAAAAACAAGUAUUACAUUGUAUAGACAAAUCUUUUGGUUUUGACACUGCUGUGGAGGAAGCUCAACGAGCAAUCAACGCAGCCCAUGUUGAAGCAGAGAGUAAUGAGAAUGGUAUCGGUUUUGUUAAGCUUAUGGGUCGUUACAGUGGAUUCAUAGCGAUGUAUCCUACAUUAGCAAGUAGAGAUGUUGAUUGCUGCUUGAUUCCCGAGUCACCAUUUAACCUCGAAGGAGAAGGUGGACUCUUGGAGUUCAUAGAGAAACGGCUCAAGGAACAUGGUCACAUGAUGAUUGUUCUUGCUGAAGGAGCAGGACAAGAUUUGAUGUCCAAAAGCAUGGAAUCUAAUACUCUCAAGGACGCAUCUGGUAAUAAACUUCUUAAAGAUGUCGGCUUCUGGCCAUCACAAAGCAUCAAGGAUCAUUUUAAGAAGAUUCAGAUGGUGAUGAAUCUCAAAUACAUUGAUCCAACGUACAUGAUCAGGGCUGUUCCAAGCAAUGCAUCAGACAAUUUCUACUGUACACUUCUUGCUCGGAGUGUGGUUCUUGUGGCAAUAGAAAACAAAGCAUUAAAGCGUUCCAUUGCAAUGCAACACCAUGAGGCACAUAGCCAUCAUAUCUCUGAACUGGAAAAAAUAUUAGAGAAAAUGCAGAACGAACUUAACGAUGAAGAUGGUGAUGAUGACGAGGAUGAGAAAGAUGAUGCAGAGGAUGAUUCGAGUGAUUGGGAUGAAGCUGAUGGUGAAAUCCCUAGCAAGGAAACUUUCAUCAUCGAUUAUUCAUUAUGGUCAUCUUCUAUUACUAAAGUUUGA